AUGGCCAGCCACGACUUGACUUCCAAGGCCAAUUUGUCCUAUGGCCAUCAUUCCCCAACAGUGAAUGGCUUUUCCAAUUCUAAUUCUAGGGACAUCACAUCGUCGCGCGCUGCCGAAUUGAAAAGCCUUCUUUUGUCCGUGCUGACGCGCCUGAUCCCUUUCAUCCAACAGGCCGACUCCGAGCUUCUGGCCCAUCAACGUCGACUGCCGAUCUCGAAAUCGGCACUCGUCGAAUGCCACUCUCCUUCAGAACUAACAUCGAUACUACGCGCAAAUGGCACGCUCUCCCUACCCAGCCGAGGGACAGGGCAAGACGGCCUCUUGGACUCUUUGGCCUCAAUCUUGAAGUACAGCGUCAACACUUCCUCUCCUGGCUUCCUCGACAAACUCUACUCUGCUCCUCUACCUCCUGGAAUAGCCGCUGACCUAAUCCUCGGUGUUCUCAACACCAACGUACAUGUAUAUCAAGUAUCCCCGGUUCUAUCACUAAUCGAAACACACGUCACCAAAACCCUGGCGGAGAUGUUCGGCUUCACGGGCCCAAGGACCGGUGGUGUCAGUGUUCAAGGAGGUAGCGCGAGCAACAUGACAAGCAUCGUUAUUGCGCGGAAUACAUUGUUCCCUGAGACGAAGCGGUUGGGGAAUAACGCUAGAGGUCUGGAAUUUGUGAUGUUCACUUCGGAGCACGGACACUAUAGCAUCGAGAAAGCAGCGCAGCAAUGUGGAUUUGGAAGCGAGAGCGUCAUCUCUGUUCCUGUUGAUCCCAUAUCUGGGCAGAUGGACCCAAAGGCUCUCGAAUCGUUGAUCCUGAGAGAACGGGACAAGGGAAAGACGCCGUUCUACGUCAAUGCCACGGCGGGAACGACCGUCCGAGGAUCCUUUGAUCCGUUCCUGGCCAUAUCGCAAGUGGCAAGGAAAUAUAAACUAUGGAUGCACAUCGACGGUGCAUGGGGCGGAAGCUUCGUUUUUUCCAAAUCUCUCCGUGACAGGUCUCUAGAAGGAUGUGAACUGUCGGAUAGCAUUGCGAUCAAUCCUCACAAAAUGCUCGGCGUGCCGGUAACAUGCAGCUUUCUCCUGCUCAAGGAUUUAAGGCAUGCUCAUGCGUCAAAUACCCUCAGGGCCGGUUAUUUGUUUCACGACAAAGAGAAUGAGGAGCAGCCCACCGACGGUACCGAAGAACCAGUGGAUGGAGCCAAUGGGACAUCAAAUGGCCACCAUGAGCUCAAAGAAGAGGAUGACGAAUGGGCAGCGCCCGAUGACCUCGCGGAUCUCACCCUCCAAUGUGGCCGUCGAGGAGACAGCCUGAAAUUCUUCUUGGCCUGGCAAUACUACGGAACUGAGGGAUACUCGUUCAAAAUUGAAAACGCAUAUUCCAAUGCCUGCCAUCUGGCAAACCUGGUCGACGAGAAUCCGGACCUACUCCUCGUGAGUACAAACCCGCCACCUUGUCUGCAAGUGUGCUUUUAUUUCGCGCCGGGUGGAAGAAUGGUCUACUCCGCUGAUGACAACCCUAAUACAAAUGGAAUUGAAUGUUUGAGCAGUAGAAACAAAGCAGGAACCAUCGGCAAGCGGAACUCGGCCAUUACAAGUCGCAUGACCCAAUCGCUGAUCUCACGAGGCUUUCUUAUCGACUUUGCACCUGCCCUUAGCCAUGAGGCCGAGAAAGGGGCUUUCUUCCGCGUUGUCGUGAAUAUUUCCACCGCGAGGCAGACGAUCGAGAGAUUGCUUGAAGAAGUCGGUACCGUUGGAAGAGCAAUUUUGAGCGACCGUCCUAAUUGA